AUGCAGCAUCUACGCGGGAUUGAUCCCCGCACUGAAAUUCGGGACAUCGAAGAGAGAAGAGAAAAGUCCGUCAGGGAAUUGUACGGGUGGGUUCUGGAUACCGAAGAGUAUAAAAGCUUCGUUGACUGGGAAAAUCCGAAUUCUCCCAAUCUCUUGUGGAUCAAUGGACAGGCAGGAACUGGAAAGACAAUGCUGUCUGUGGGUCUCAUCCAAGAGCUUCUUGCAAGUAACCUGUCUGGCGUGCAUGAUCAAGAAAUCGUUUAUUUCCUCAAUCAAGACACUGAAAAAGAGCUCAAUGAGGGUGCGGCAGUCUUGCGAGCUCUCAUGUGGCUCCUCCUCGUCCAAAAUCCAGGCCUUGCACGACACCUACGGCCUAGUUAUGAGGAGUCCGGGAGUGCACUCUUCAAUGACCCCAUGGCAUUUACCAGCCUGUUACCAAUUUCCAACAAGAUGGCCAAUGACAAUGAACUUGGUCAGGUUGAUCUUUUGAUUGAUGCUCUGGAUAAAUGUAAAAACGCAGGCGAAGAUGUCUUCCGGAUCAUGAAGCUAAUCCCUACAGACGGGACACCGGCGAAGGUCAAGAUACUGGUAACCAGUCGACCCUUGCUUGAAAUCGACGAGAAAAUGAAGAAUAUCAGUGCCUCUUCCAAAGCCGUGAUCAGACUUGACGAUCAUUCACUUUCGGGGCCUAUAACCAUCUACAUAGACCAAAAGAGGACACUUUUCGAGGGGAGCACGGGCGAUGAAAACCUCGUCAAUCAAACGAUUGACAGACUGAAGGGAAACACAGGAAGAACCUUUCUCUAG